UCUGCGCCGAGCAGACAUGGCUCCAAUAGAGUGGCUGUGUGUCACCGCGCUGGUGCUGGCCAGCAACCUGCAGGCAUGGUCACCAGGGAACACGCGCGCGCUCAUACGGUCACUGCGCCAAGCUGCAGACAACCCGCGUCGCUCCACAAGCGGCGCGGGCCACGCCGGGCCUGGCAAGAAGGACGGUGGUCCCCGGUCGCCCACAGACCGGGCGCAGCGCGUGCUGAGGCAGGCGGCAGGUCCUCCGCCAUACCCGGGGUUCGAGGUACCCCCAGGCUACCCGGGGUCCGGCGGCGACUGGGUGGCCCCCGACAACGUUGAUGUCAUCAUGGUGCCCAUCACCGUGGGACUGAAUGAUUAGCUCACUCUUAUUUUAACACAUUGCUGGAGGGACAUCGUUUGAAACCGUACAUGCGUACUUCUGGGUGUGGUGUCGCAGUGUCAUAGCAGUGGGCUCUCUGUUGGAAAGACGUAUGAUGGACAAUCCUUUGUGGUGCACAUUCACUUGGAGUUAUGUUUUUAAGUAUAUGUUUGUGCUCUCCUUUGUACAUACAUAUACCAUUAGCCACAUUGCAGUCGCAGUAUGACUUUUAAAUGUACUCCUACUUUUUAUAUUAUUGGAAUUCUCCCCAACCACACCUUUAUUUUCACAUCUGCUAAGUUGGGAGGUCGUUUUCCAAAUAUAUCAAUUGAAAUAGUAUAUGGUUACUUCUAAGUGGGGUGGUUCUUAUAUUUAAGGCUGGCGUAUUUUAAGAUUUUAUUCUAACUAAUAUGUAUCUUUUUUCUCUACAGCCUAGCAAACAGUGUGUAUUACAAAUGCCUGAAUAUAAGUUUCUAUAAGCUUACAUAAAUUAGAGAAUAAAUUAACUUUUUAUGUAAAUCUUUGACAGAUUAUCUAGUGCUUGAGUUUUAAAACCAUUGUUUUGUUUGAUUUUCCAUUUUUCAGCAGUGUUUUUUUCUCUGUUUUUUCCUUUGUAUACUGCUACUGUUACAAUAUGUUCUUUAUGGGUCAUUAGCCCUUGAUUGGGUGCUGUAGUAUAAAUUGUGUUGCAUGCAUUUUUAUCAGAUUCCCUCAAUGACUUUUGUUUUAUGGGUUUUAUUUUGUUUCCUAAAUUGUUUUCGUAAUGAAGUUAUUUUAUUAUUGUUUAAAUACAGUGUUUUGCAAACAAUGUUGUAGUAACUUCCCCUCGAGUGAGCGGUAAUAAUUAGGAAGCGCUUUAUAGCUUUGUUAUUAUUUGUUUUCUGAUAUUUCCAUACUCUUUCUGGUGGUAUUUUACCUUAAUAUAGUGUUUUUAUUAUAUAUCACAAGGUGUUUUUCCCACUUCUCGUAGGGUGUAAUUUUGAUCAUGGACUAGUCUUGAUUUUGCAUUGUCUUUAUAUACUGGCAUGAAAGUGAUCGAUCGGUUUUGGGAUCAGAGCCUCUCUUGGUUCAUGUUAGAAUGUUACUUAAAAAAUUAAUACAUUUUAUCGGAGGUUUCUGGAUAUGUUUAUGCUGAGCCCUUUUUUUUCUUUUUGGCGUGUAUUUGGUAUUGUUAUUGAUUUCUGUUCUGCAAUGCUGUAUUCCUCUGCCUUGGCUUUGUAAUGUGUGCAUGUAUGUCGCAUGGCAUGUUAUUAAAAUGUUUAUUAUUAUUUGUCGAAUAUAUUUUUUAGGAUUUUUAAUAUGUGAUUUUGAUAGUACACGUUUUAAUAUAAGCGUGCUUUAGACAAUAUUUAAAUUUCUGUGGAUCGGCGUACAUGUUUAUUUUUUGUAAUAUGUGGGCAAUUGUUUUCAGAGUGAGUGCUUUUAAAUACUUCUCCUCUGACCUGUCUAUAAAUUUAGUGUCAUGUAUUCUUAAAAAAA